AAGUUAGAAGUUUUCUGACUCCUCUCGGAGGAGUCUCCGGGACCCCAGGGAGUAACAGGUCUCUGAAAACUAAAAGGUGGAGGGGUUCCAGGACUUGGGGUUCUUUUGUAAAACUCCCCUCCACCCUCCUCUCUCGCACCCACCCAUCCCCUCAACCCCUUCUUUUUCCGUCCUUGGAAAAUGGUGUCCAAGCUCACGUCGCUCCAGCAAGAACUCCUGAGUGCCCUGCUGAGCUCCGGAGUCACCAAGGAAGUGCUGAUCCAGGCCUUGGAGGAGUUACUGCCGUCCCCGAAUUUCGGGGUGAAGCUGGAGACACUGCCCCUGUCCCCCGGGAGCGGGGCGGAUCUCGACACCAAGCCGGUUUUCCAUACUCUCACCAAUGGCCACGCCAAGGGUCGCUUGUCUGGGGACGAGGGCUCAGAGGACGGCGAUGACUAUGACACUCCUCCUAUCCUCAAAGAGCUCCAGGCGCUCAACACCGAGGAGGCCGCGGAGCAGCGGGCCGAGGUGGACCGGAUGCUCAGUGAGGACCCUUGGAGGGCUGCCAAAAUGAUCAAGGGAUACAUGCAACAGCACAACAUCCCCCAGAGGGAGGUGGUUGAUGUCACAGGCCUGAACCAAUCCCACCUCUCUCAACACCUCAACAAGGGCACCCCCAUGAAGACCCAGAAGCGAGCUGCCCUGUACACCUGGUAUGUCAGAAAGCAACGGGAGAUCCUCCGACAGUUCAACCAGACAGUCCAGAGCUCUGGAAACAUGACAGACAAAAGCAGUCAGGAUCAGCUGCUGUUUCUCUUUCCAGAGUUCAGUCAACAGAACCAGGGGCCUGGGCAGUCAGAGGACACCUGCUCUGAGCCCACCAACAAGAAGAUGCGCCGCAAUCGGUUCAAAUGGGGGCCCGCAUCCCAGCAAAUUUUGUACCAGGCCUACGACCGGCAAAAGAAUCCCAGCAAGGAAGAAAGGGAGGCCUUAGUGGAGGAGUGUAACAGGGCAGAAUGUUUGCAACGAGGGGUCUCCCCCUCCAAAGCCCACGGCCUAGGCUCCAACUUGGUCACGGAGGUCCGUGUCUACAACUGGUUUGCAAACCGCCGGAAGGAAGAGGCAUUCAGGCAGAAGCUGGCCAUGGAUGCCUAUAGCUCCAACCAGACGCACAGCCUGAACCCCCUGCUCACCCAUGGCUCCCCUCACCAUCAGCCAAGCUCCUCUCCACCCAACAAGCUGUCAGGAGUGCGCUACAGCCAGCCGGGAAACAAUGAGGUCACUUCCUCUUCGACAAUCAGUCACCAUGGUAACAGUGCCAUGGUGACCAGCCAGUCGGUUUUACAGCAAGUCUCCCCGGCCAGCCUGGACCCAGGCCACAGUCUCCUCUCACCUGACAGUAAAAUGCAGAUCACAGUGUCAGGAGGAGGACUGCCCCCGGUCAGCACCUUGACGAAUAUCCACAGCCUCUCCCACCACAAUCCCCAGCAAUCACAAAACCUCAUCAUGACUCCCCUGUCCGGAGUCAUGGCCAUCGCACAGAGCCUCAACACCUCCCAAGCCCAGGGUGUCCCAGUCAUCAACAGUGUGGCUAGCAGCCUGGCAGCCCUACAGCCCGUCCAGUUCUCUCAACAGCUGCACAGCCCUCACCAGCAGCCCCUCAUGCAGCAAAGCCCAGGCAGUCACAUGGCCCAGCAGCCCUUCAUGGCUACGGUGACUCAGCUACAGAACUCCCACAUGUAUGCACAUAAGCAAGAACCCCCUCAGUAUUCCCACACCUCCCGGUUCCCAUCUGCGAUGGUAGUCACAGAUGCCAGUAGCAUCAACACCCUCACCAGCAUGUCUUCCAGUAAACAGUGUCCACUGCAAGCCUGGUGAUACUCCCAUAACCACUCACUUUGUGUGCAGCAACGAGGACCCCAUUUUCCAGACCAUCAGUCUCUGGGGAUGUCCAGCGAUCGACCAGACAGGCACCUGAGAGGCCAGGAGAGGUCCCUGCUCACCUGACAUCCUGCCAGGGCGGGCACCUUGGAUAAGCUGAUAAGCCACUCUCAAGGGCUGCAGCCCAAAGCCCAGCCCCCCUUCUUCGCAGUAUUGUCAGGAUGCCUCUCCUAAGAUGCCAAGUGCUCUUGUUUCUCCCAGAGGUGGCCGGCGCAAAAUGGUGCAACAAGAAGCAAGAGACCCGUGGAGUCUCCCCUGCAACCCUUCAUCGAACAAACUGAUGCAAAAACUUGAAUCUGUUACUGACAUAAGAUGAGGACCGAGGAGGAUGUGUGCUAUUGAACUGAGCCAGACACUGUAAAUACUGACAGACUCCCCCCUCUCCCAUCCCAGAUGAUCUCAAGAUUUCUUCUAAAGAAGUAAAUUUGUCCAAUGGGUGUAAACUAUAAACUACUGUAAUUAAGUGCAAUUUUCCUUCCACCUAUCUACCCCUGCCCUGUAUAUAAUACUAAAGUGUCUAUCACUUUUCUUUGUAAAGGUCAGAGUUGAAAUUCCAAGAGUGACUUGCUCCCUCCCUGUUUCCCACCAAAAGCCACCCAAAAUGGGUAAAGAAUCUCUUCACCAGCAUCCCUCUGGCCACAGGGAUGGCAUACUUUGGACAGACUGCCAGCUAACAACCCCCACCCCCAUGUUAAGACACACCUCUGGAUCUCUAGUGGGGUGGGACAUAACGGCAGCAAGAUGCCCUAACUUCCUGUGGGUCUGGACGGGGACACUGACUGGCUGACGGCCAUCUCAGGAAGCCUCCCAUUAAAGCAAUUUAUUUUGUCACUGC